UUAAAACAAAACAAAACAAAUGUGAACAAAUCUGUAGGGUCCUUAUAUUUCUUGCAGAUGUUUCAUUACCCAACUAGGUAACCUCAUCAGUGCAUGUUACAAACGUAAUUAUUUGCAAAAGCAAACGACAUGCACAGCAAACCAGACCGCAGAAACAAUGACAAGGCUGCAUAUAAUCCAUUUUAUAAAGCCUAUCAUAGCUUGACUAGUGCCUGAUAUUAUCUAGUCCAGGGGUAGGCAACCUCGGCUCUUUUAUGACUCAUGGACUUCAACUCCCAGAAUUCCUGAGUCUUCAACAUUUGCAGAAGAAAAAGUGGUUUAAGCUUUGCUAUUGUGGAAGAAUAAUAGUGCCACAGUCUUGUUCACAUCAAACAGCACAAGUAACCUCGAGAAGACGAACUCCAGCAUUAGGUUUCCUUUUCCCCACAAACCGAAACUCGGCGCAUGCUCAGAACAGCCACCACGGAAAACGCGCCUGUUUGGAACAACGGCCGCGUUCAUCAGGCACACGCUUCUGCGCUUUUCUUUCGCUCAUGAAUGGACCGUACUACUAAAGAAACGUUCGGGAGAAGACAGACUAAUCUGUAGGAUUAGUCGCGCAUCCUUACUAAAAUAAACCCAAGUCAAUAAAAAUAAAUAUAUCCUCCUCCCCUGGGAGGCCGGUGAAGCCGCUUCGAGUAGGAUUCUUUUGCCUGACCCCCACGGCGUGGUCAGACUUGGACGGCUCCAAACGGAGGCGGGCACCGGACGCAAGCCCUCCUCCAAUAGCAGAGCACCUCUUGGUGGAGUGGCGGGGGCCGCGUCGAAUGAGGGGCGGGAGGAGAGGCGUGAAGGUGCGGCUCGCGCUCGAGGCGCGGCGGCGUGGCGAGAGCUGGUGGGCUUGUUUCGCCGGCGUGGCCACUUCUUCCUGCGCUGAGGGCGGUUGGGUGCCGAGCCGGGCGUAAGGGGCGGCCUUUGAGGACUGGAGCCGACGGCGGGGGUGGCUAGGUUGGAUUCGCCUCGGGGAGUGGAGAGCUGAAGGGCCUUCGCGUAUCUACUCGGAAGAAAGCCUCGCUGAAGUCGUUGGAGGCAACGCCCAGAACCAUGUAUCCCACGAGGCCAGUGUUUCGGGGUGGAGCCAUGUUUCAGAUGUCUCUGGCUGGGCACAGGCCAGAAUCUUUGCCACAGGUGGCUGAAGCUGGAAAGACUGCAGAAUUUGGGGGCAAAACCUUCCUUUCAACAGUCAGGGCAGAAAGAGGACACCCAUCACCAAGAGGUGCAUCAAAGGAGCCUUUCAUGACCGGUCCAACAUUGUCAUCCAUGGUUCAAGGCCUUACUCUUGAGGCAGCUCCUGGACCUCCUUUGGUCUGUUCAGGCCGAGGCAUUGCAGGGAGAGGCAUGGGCGACAUGAGCAUGAAGUCCAAAGUAGAUGUCCUGGGACAGCAGAUGUGUCCAGGGUUGAGAGCAGGACAAGCUGGAGACAGCAAGGUGGAACCGAUGUUUCCUGGCCAUGGCAAGAUACCCAGCUAUGUGGAAAGUGAAAAGCCAUUUUGGGGGCUUGACAGAACAAGCAUCUUAGGCCGCGGCCGAGCCUACACAGACCCUUUUACUUCGUCUGCGGAAAGUCGUUUUCCAGCACCAUCAGUCAAGCCUGGUCCUCCUCCUGUAGUUUCUGAUGAGCCUGUGGAUAAAAAAGAACCACUUAUGAAGCAAGGGUCAAAAGGAGUAGCGAUCCCUUUGGCACUGAAUCUGAUUCAAAUACACUGUAAAAACGAAGCUGUGUAUCAGUACCACGUGACAUUCAGCCCAAACAUGGAAUGUAAAAGCAUGCGUCUUAGGAUGCUGAAGGAACAUCAGUUGGUGAUAGGAGAUAUUUCUGCGUUUGAUGGCUCUCUUCUCUAUUUACCCAUCAAGUUGUCUCAGAAUGUUAACCUGAAAUGCCAAAGAAAGACAGAUGGAAUGGAAGUCAAUUUAAAGAUUCAGAUGACCAAAGUUCUGGAACCGAGUUCAGAGUUGUGCAUCCCAUUUUACAACGUUAUUUUCAGAAAAGUGAUGAAGAUUUUAGAUAUGAAACUUGUUGGGAGAAAUUUCUACGAUCCUACUAGUGCUACUGUACUUCAACAGUUCAGGUUGCAAAUAUGGCCCGGCUAUGCAACCAGUAUCCGAAGGACAGAUGGUGGGCUGUUUUUGUUGGUUGAUGCUGUUCAUAAGGUUAUUCGGAAUGAUUCAGUCCUGAAUUUGAUGCAUAGAAUUUAUCAACAGAGUCAGGAAAAUUUCCAAGAUGAAUGCACAAAGCAACUUAUUGGCAACAUUAUAAUUACCCGUUACAACAAUAAAAAUUACCGAAUUGAUGACAUUGAUUGGAACAAGACACCACAGAGCAGUUUUACCAUGUCAGAUGGGAAGGAAAUCACUUUUCUAGAGUAUUACAGUAAAAAUUAUGGGAUUACCAUCAGAGAACUUGAUCAGCCACUGUUGAUUUACAGAGUUGAAAAAAGGAAAAACCCUCCAGGAAAGCUUCAGGAAGGUGAAAUCCUGCUCGUGCCAGAGCUUUCGUUCUUGACAGGAAUUCCUGAAAACAUGAGAAAAGAUUUUAGAAUUAUGAAGGACCUUACGCAGAAAGUCAACAUGAGUCCCGAACAGCAUCACACCUCUCUGCAGCAGCUGCUGAGCAGGAUUGAGAAGAAUGAGGCUGCACAUAAGGAAUUGUCACGGUGGGGGCUUUUCCUGGAUGGGGAUGUUUAUAGGACCACAGGACGCAUCCUUCCCAUGGAAAGAGUAAAUCUGAAGAAAUGCUCCUUCAAGACAUCUGAAGACCUAAACUGGACUAAAGAACUCAACAGAGAAGCCUGCAUUUCUGCCGUUCCAAUUCAUUUCUGGGCACUCUUUUACCCAAAGCGGGCGAUGGAACAAGCCCAUGAACUAGUUAGUGUGCUGCAAAAAAUCUCAGGACCACUUGGUAUCCCAUUGGCUGCACCUAUUUGGAAAGAAUUGAAAGAUGACCGGAUAGAGACUUACGCCAGAGCUAUCAAAUCAUUGCUAAGUAGUGAGGGAUCAAUACAAUUAGUCGUUUGCAUUAUCACAGGAACUAAAGAUGAUUUGUAUAGGGCCAUUAAACGGCUGUGCAAUGUACAGAACCCCGUUCCUUCCCAGGUUAUUAACAUUCGAACCAUUACAACACAAUAUGCUAAACUGAGAAGUAUAGCACAGAAGAUCCUGUUGCAGAUUAAUUGCAAGCUAGGUGGAGAGCUGUGGGGUGUGGACAUUCCAUUGAAACAGCUGAUGGUGAUUGGCAUAGACGUGUAUCAUGAUCCCAGCAGAGGGAAGCGCUCCGUGAUGGGCUUUGUGGCAAGCACCAAUCUAAUUUUGACACGAUGGUAUUCCAGGGUUGUAUUCCAGACGCCUCAUCAAGAAAUAAUAGAUAGCCUAAAAGUCUGUUUAGUAGCUGCUUUGCAGAAAUUCCACGAGGUCAACCAUAAUCUCCCGGAGAAGAUAGUGAUUUAUAGAGAUGGCGUUUCCGAUGGCCAGCUGAAAAUAGUAGAAAGCUAUGAAAUCCCACAGCUGGAGAAGUGCUUCGAAGCUUUUAACAACUACAACCCUAAAUUGGUGGUGUUUGUGGUUCAGAAGCAAAUCAGCACCAACAUCUAUUCUCUAGUUGCUCAACAACUUUCAACUCCUCCUCCAGGGACAGUGUUAGACCACACAGCCACCUCGCGAGACUGGAUGGAUUUUUACUUGAUAGCUCACUACUCGCCACAAGGUUGCGGCAUCCCAACUCACUAUGUCUGUGUAAGGAAUACAGCCAAUCUCACUCCUGAUCACAUGCAGAGGCUGACUUUCAAACUUUGCCACCUCUACUGGAAUUGGCCAGGAACUAUCCGAGUGCCCGCCCCAUGCAAAUACGCGCAUAAGCUGGCUUUUCUCUCUGGGCAGAUUCUCCACCACGAACCGUCCAUUGAGCUGUGCGAGAAACUUUUCUUCCUGUAGUUUCUGCCAUGGGCCGCCUUCAAAGGGAGUGCGCGAAUGCUGAGAAGGCAUUGCCCAGUACCAGCCCUUCCCAGUUUCAGACCACUCCCCUCCGCCCUGCAACUGGGCACUCUGUUUUAUAAUAAUGUUUAUUUGGUCAAUGACCAGGAAAAAAAAAGUUUUAAAAAAUGACACCACCGUAGUAAAAUAGAAAAGAUGAAGCAAACAACCAAAAAGAUAAAAAUGUGACUGCUAUAGCGGUACAUUAAUUCCUUGUACAAGUGUACCUCUGUCGCAGGGCACACACUGCAGUAAAAUAUAUACCAUCUUUAAACAAGAUAAGCUAGUACCGGUCUGUGUUAAAUCUAAAAUGGUGAAUAAAA